CGUGUUUGCGAUAAUAUACGACAAGAAAACAGACUGUAGCCACUAUUUUGCGUUAUUAAAUAUUUUAUACAUAAUUUAAGAUAAAACGGGCGCGGUGUUUCUUAAGUGCAUUUUAUACUUGGAGAAUAUCUUGUUUUAAAUGAGAAGAGAAAGAUCAGAAGAUGAUGGCAAGUAAACGGGGAAUGAGCAGCGGCCCUCAGAGACCGCAAGGGCCCCUGGUGAGGUCAAGGGCCCCGGAUGAAGCACUGCCCUCGACAUCAGGAACAGACCAAAGCCCCUCAUUGCAAACACUGAAAGAGGAGGUUGUCAACGUAAUACAGAGCUUUCCGGAAGGAAUCGAAGUGUCCAGGUUAAUCUUUAUGUACAGGAGGGUCUACGGCAAGAGGUUUGGACCUUUAAGCAGUUUUGGUUUGGAAGGCCUUCAGGAGCUUUUUGAAGAGCUCGGUGACCAAGUGCGUGUGGAAAGGAUUUACAAUAAAAACAUAAUCAAAUCUGUAAACCCUGUUCGCGGGACUCCACAGCUUCCCAUGUUUCGAGAUGUAAAAAUGGAUGAUGCUCCUAAGAACGCAAUUCGUAAGAAAGUGAUCAAAUUAUUUAAAAAGCAUCCUCAAGGAAUUCCUCUUAAUAAAUUAGCAGAGGUCUUUGCUCAGAAACACAAACAGGCCCUUUUGCCAGCUGAGCUGGGGUUCCCAUCAAUGGAAACCUUUGUGGACUCUCUUAGCGGGGAUCUGUUGGUGGAAGAUGGUGUGAUCUUUCACAAAAGCAACAUAGUUCUUACAGGUGAAGACUUUGAAAAGAGAUGCAGAGAUGUUGUGGAUUUGGUAAAAAGCCACCAGGAAGGCAUUCCUCUUUUAAAAAUAGCAGUAUUUUAUAAUAGCGAAUAUGGGAGGCCUCUGAGAAAGAAAGAACUUGGGUUCCCCUCAAUAGCAGAUUUCAUUGACUCUCUCGACCAAGAGCUGUGUGUGGAAAAUGGCCAAAUUUUCUACAGGAUUGCAAAGCCUGAAGCUUCGACCCAUACAGCACCACCCGUGCAUGUUGAUGGGGUUUUUAAAGACGUUGUGGAGCUGGUUAAGGACCAUCCCUCAGGCCUUCCUCUUAGGAAGUUUUCUAUGUUUUUCAAUCAAAAGUAUCGGCGUAACCUCGCUGUGUCAGAGUUUGGUUUCAAAACAGUCGCCUCCUUCAUUGAUUCUCUGAGCGAUGAGCUAUUGGUGGAGAAAGAGAGAAUCUUCCACAAGAGUCACAGAGCAGCACCUGCAGUCCCAACACCUGCACACCUAUCAAGAGUGAACAAUGACUCGACACCUGCGAACACAACAAGCCCUGUAGUUACUUUUGGAGCUGGAUUUGCUCAAAGAGGUAGUGAAAUGACACAAGAGGAACUGAUGGAUAAAGUUAAAGAGGUUAUAAAAAAGUAUCCAGCUGCAAGCCAAUCCAUUAUUGAAUUGCAGAAUGGCUUCUUCCUCCUCUUUGGGUCGGCACUUCCGUUAGAUCUCUACAUGUCAUUGUAUGAUAAUCAUACAGCUAAACCACUUUCUUCCUCUUGUCUUGUAAAAAAUAAACCAGCAGGAGCAAAGUGCAUUGAAACAGCACAAAAGAAGAUUGUUGAGGAAGUAAAGAAGGUUCAGCCCAUGCCCGCUGUGGUAAAUGAACAAGUGGUCCGGUCCAAGGCAGGAUCCCCUUUGCUUCGGUUUCAAAGUUUAACCGUCCCGCCCAUGGAAACCCCUAGUAAUUUGUCCACUAGUGACUUCCCAGUUCUUGGUACUAUGCUGUCCAAAGCUGGGGAGAAGAAGUUGAAGGAGGGAAGGGGGCCUCUCUUCAAUGAGUCCUACUACAGCCAAGUGAGAGAGGUCCAUGGUGCUAACAUGAGGGCAGCAGAAGCCUUGCUGGAAGAUGAAGACAACAUUGGGAGACGGAGAAAGGCCAUGAGCUCAAAGGAUGUGAACUGUUUGGUAGAGGACGUCAUGAGAGCCCUUGCAGCCGAAGGAGAGCUUGUCACCAUCGAGAGGGUGGUCAGCAGAGUUUGUUCACUUCUACAAGUGUCCAACUUGUUGAAAGAUAUGAAUAUCGACGCUCGUCGGCAUCUGCCUGCAGUGCAGGAACUUCAGCGCAGCAUCAAGGAGAUCAAUAUGUAUAUUGAGUCAGUGGAAGCAGUUUCCUCUAUAUGCACGCUUUACGAAUUGGGACAGGCUUUGGCCAACCUGAAGAACAAGAAACGCUUUGAAGAACUCCAUCUGGGCCCUCUAUGCAAGAUCCCUCUUAUUCACCGAAUGUUCAGAAUAGAUGCCAAUACUAAAGAUGAUGAUGUACAUCAGAUUGCGACAGUGGAUAUUCUUAGGAGUCUCCGAAUGUUCAGGAGAAAAAGCAAGACGCCUAGAGUUGACCUUGCUGACUUCUUGAAGCACCUUGCAGACCAGUACAGCUGUGAGUCACCGUAUGAACUUGGCAUCAGAAUCCAGAGUCUUGGGUUGCCUAUUUCGACGUUGAAUAAGGCAUCUGCUGCUGAGUUUUGCCACAUGGACAGAGCCAGAGAAGCCAUUCAGAAGGAGAUUCAGGAGGAGGUGGAUGCCAAAAUGUUUAAGAUCAAGAAGAGCCUGCUGGAUCCAGCCCAAGGACCUGUGAUCUUCUCCCAGAUUGGCAACUCUGAGCUGAGGAAAAAAUAUGUAAAUAUGACCGCCGCGGAUGCAGUCAUGGAAGUCUUCAUCAAUUCUGAAAGUGUCUUCAGUAAGAGUAUGACAAAGACUAUUCAGACGUUCCUGUUAUGUGUAAACAGAGACCGGCUCGCUAGAGCCUUAUUCCAGCUUGCUAUAUGCUGUGGCUCCUUGGACGCCCCUCAGGACCUGGUAGCUAAAGAAAAACCACAGAAAAAAGCAGAGGCAAAGAAAACUACAGAAGAGAGAGCCACAGAGAUGCUCCCUACUGAAGCUGACGUGAAGAGCUUUUUUCAAGAGUGUGUCACUAAUUUCAAGAGCACACCUACUCUGGCCCACCUUCGCACUCUGGAAAAGAGGAUCGCAGAGAAAUUCAAGUUUAAAGACUUCAGCCAGCUGCAGCAAGGAACCUUCCUUGAUUUCAUUUUCAACAACAAAAAGGUCCUGCAGGAGGCAGCAGGGGGCGCCGUCUCCAUCGACAGCCAGGAUCCUGGAAUGAAUGGCUUCAGACCUUGCAGACAAGAUGUGUUUGAGUUCAUCAAUCAGUGCGGGGAGGGAGAUGACAGCAGACUGCCGUUCAUCGAAGCCGCUCUGAGGAAUCAUUACCAGAUCAGGGAUAGCCGAGAGCUCGGUCACGGGCCCCUCAGUUUUCUUGUCAAUUGCACGCAGAAGCAAAAGGGACUAAGCGGAGACGCUGUCACUAGUGUGGUACGCUACGAGUGUCCUCUGCUGCCCAUGGGUUCAGGGGAGUGUGUGGUGGACUCCGUGGGUUUGCUGGGCGAGGUGAGCCGUGAUCAGGCGCGGGCGAGUUUGCUGUCGGCUCCUCUGCUGCAGGAUCUGGAGGAAUGGAGUCAGUGGCAGCUGGUGUUUCAGCCCAACCACGGCCCUCUCAAAGACUUCAUCGACAAGUACUGUGGUAAGACGGAGCUGCUGGCUCUCGAGGUUUCUCCCGGCGUCCUGCUGCGGGUCACCGCUGUCACGGGGGACAAACACUUCUCAGAGGCGACACAGGCUCUGGACCCCGUCGGCACCGCCGGACACUUGCUCUCCAUUGUGGUGGCUUAUGGGAUCCCAAACACGCCCACAGCGCUCCUGGCCAAUCACAUGGAGAGCGCGCUGAAUGUAGCAGUCGCACAGGAAGAGAUAAGGCCCGGCGAGGAUGGAUACUCGUACGGCGGUGUGGCUCGGUUUGUGCUUGAAUGUGUUGCGCUGAUGCCUACGAGAAUCUGCAAGGAACUCCUGCAGCAGGUGUUUUUGGAGCCGCUGUCUAAAGUGCUCGGUCAGACCAGAUCGAAAACACUGCUGCUGGACGCUGCACGUUCACACACACGCUACCUGAACAAACUGCAUCAGAUGGGGCUCCUGCUGGGAAUCACCGAGUGGAGGAGCCACUUCAACGACAAAGUGCUUCUGCCAGCUCCUCCUCAACUGCCUUCAGAGAUCAAGAAGUUUGUGGUGGAGGACUCCAUGAGUGACAUGUCUUCAGUGUUGAGUCAGAAUGAGCUGGAUAAUGAGGAGGAAACCGAGCUCAGCACUUCCUCCAGCAGCCCCAGAAGAGACCAUCAGCAGGACGAUGGUGAUGGUGGUGAUGAUGAUGAUGAUGAAGAGGAGCAGAUGUACGAGCUGGUGUCUGAACACAUUGAAGAGACGGACAGCAGUGAGGACGAGGACAGAGAAAACUCAACGACUGCUGAUCAUCCAGAUGAAGAAGUGAACGCCGAGCUGGAUCAGCACCGAGCCGUCAUAGAGGACAUCAGGAAAACGGAGUUCGGCAUCGGCGUGGAGCUGAACGAGGAAGGCCAGAACCUGAUGAGGAAGCAGCAGGCGAGACUGGGCCGCAGUCUGGAGCGGCUCUCCACUGAACUCUACAGCAAAGACACACACUUCGUGCUGGAGCUCAUUCAGAACGCUGAUGAUAACUGCUAUCCUGACGGCCGAGAGCAGCCGGCGCUGGCCUUUGUGGUGGAGAAGGACUGCAUCGUCAUCCUAAACAACGAGUGUGGGUUUGAGGAGAACAACGUCCGUGCUAUCUGUGACGUGGGCCGGAGCACCAAAGGAAAACACAAAUAUGGCUACAUCGGUCAAAAGGGCAUUGGCUUUAAAUCGGUUUUUAAAGUCACCGACUGUCCUGAGAUCCACUCCAAUGGUUUCCACAUCCGAUUUGACAAGAACAGCGGCCCCAUGGGAUACAUCUUGCCUCACUGGGUCGAGCAGGAGCGGCCAGGGAGCGCUGGCGCCAGAGAGAUCGCAGAGCAGAGAUGGGCUACAAAGAUCCACCUGCCCCUGCGCUCCGAGAGCUACCAGACUAAAAACCUCUUCCAUGACGUUCAUCCCUCGCUCCUGCUCUUCCUCCAUCGCCUUCGCUCCAUCACCAUCUUUAAUGAGGCUGAGAAGCGUUUGGUGUCGAUGACGCGCCGUGAUCUGAGCCAUAACAUCCUGGAAGUGGCACACACUGGUGGAGAAGAGCGUUGGCUAGUGAUCAAGAGAAUGCUUUAUCCUAAAAAGAUUAAAGAAGACGUGGAGUCGACAGAAUUGGCUCUGGCGUUCCAGCUCAGUGGCUCGUCUCCCUGUGAUGUGAAGCCUCAGAAACAGCCCGUCUUUGCCUUUCUUCCACUUCGCAGCUUCGGUUUCCGUUUCAUCAUCCAAGGUGAUUUUGACAUCCCUUCCUCCAGAGAGGAUGUGGACAGGGACAGUUCCUGGAACCAGUGGCUUCGCUCUGAGAUCCCGCAGCUGUUUGUACACGCCAUGGAUGUCUUCAAUCAACACCCAGAGUUCAGCGGGCUCGGUGGCCUCUGUUACUUCAUGCAGUUCAUCCCUCAACCAAGUGAGAUCCUGGACUUCUUCAACCCAGUGGCCAAUCAGAUCAUUCAGCUGCUGAAGGGCAAAGCUUGCCUUCCUGCCAAAGAGGACAGCGAGGGCCGAGUGGAGUUCAAGCAGCCUUCCCAGCUCGCCGUGUGUCAGGACCGUCUGAUCCAGGACGUGAUUGGAGGAGAGGAUCUGUGCAGAAGCCUGAGUCUGUCUUACUUGCAUCCUGCGCUGCAGUCGCGUCUCUCUGGCUCGCUGCUAACCGCGCUAGGCGUUCAUCGCCUCAGAGCCGUCGAGAUCAUCACCGUCACCUGCGCCAUGGCCAGAGAGCUCGUGCAACACGGCCGGCUCAAGACAGAGCAUGAUCUGAAGAAGCUGGCCAGGCUGUUGGUGUGUAACUUUCGUGCGCUGGAGUCGGAGUAUGAAGUUGACGCCCUGCUCCAAUCCCUCAAAGACGUUCCCAUGAUCCCUCUGGCCAACGGCAGUGUGGUUUCUCUGAGUUCAGAGGGAGUUUUCUUUCCUCUCAGUGAUGUGUUGCAAGCUCAAACAGAUCUGCAGGCUCUCUACCAGGACCUGAACAUCGUGGAGCCGCGGCUGCUGGCGUCUCUGGAUGAACUGGGAAACUCGCAGGUGCGGGAGCUGCUCCGGAGACUGAACGUCCAUGAGCUGGAGCCGCAGCAGGUCCUGCAGCAGCACAUCUACCCGCUGCUCAGGAGCAAAGCCUGGGAGAAAAAGCCCGAGGACAUCGUCAUCAGCUACCUGGUGUUCAUCAAACUGCACUCUCAGGAUCAGGAUUACAGGAGCCUCAUCACAAACGUCCCUGUGCUGACUAACAAGGGCUUCCUCUGCCCCGCCGAGCACAAAAUCCACUUCUCCAAAGAGUACGGCAACAUCCACCUUCCCAGUGUGCUCCCCGGUGUGGACUGGGUGCUGCUGGACGCUUGCUAUCUGAGGGCCGACCGAGACGCGAGCGGAUGGAGAGACUUCUUCAGUGCGCUGGGAGUGCGAGACCUGCUCAUCUUCAGGAAGGAGAAGCGCACCUUCACCGCCUCUGAGCUGGCGUCCAGCCCGUGGUCAGUGGAGAGCAAGCCGUGGUCCAGGCCCGCGGAUGGACUGUAUGUCAUCGAAGAUCAGCACUGCGUUGAGUUUCAUACGCUGGUCACUGCAGAUCAUCUGACCGCUGACAGCAAACUACAGCAGAGACAAGCACUGAUCAGCCUUCUGGACAAGAACUGGGACACUGGAGAGAAGUACUCGCAGUACCUCCGGGUUCAGGUCUGUGACAGUCAGGGCCGCUCCGUGAGGGAGGCCAGAUCCUCCUUCUACCAUCACCUCACGCAGCUGUCCUGGGUUCCCUCGCGCAGACCGCCGUGGGACGAGAGCCGGCCCGUUUCCUACCUACAGCCCAAAUCUGUCUACAUCUUCUCUACGGAAGUGCACCAGCUCCUCGGCUCCCAUGUCGAUUACGCGCACGGCGCUCAGAUGCCCAGCGAAUUCACCAGAGCCAUAGGAAUGAGACACACUGUGCAUGUGGACGACGUGAUUGGCUAUCUGAAGCGUUGGUGCGUGAAGGUGUCUGACAAUCCGUCUGAGGAUCCUGAAGGAGCAGAUUUCACUACUACAGUCAAUCACAUCCAUACAUUGUAUCGAUACCUGUCCACUGAGUGCACUAACAACAAGCUCCGAGACCUGUUCCAGCAUGCACCUGCUGUCUUCAUCGAGUAUGACAGGAAGGAUGACUGGUGCUCUGGGCGCUUCUAUCAUCUUAAGGAGGUUUGCUGGUCUGAUCCGACAGGCAUGUUUCACAGAUACAAGGAGCUGAUUCGACGGGCUGACAGCGGCAUACAGGAGCCCAGAGUCCUGGCACCGUUUUAUAAUCAUUUGGAGGACAUGAAGAAAUUUUUCAAGUCUCUGAAUGUGCAGCCCAGUCCGUCUAUGAAGCAGUACGUGUCUCUGCUGGAGGCCGUGUGUGAGGCGUCUCCUCUUGCGACAGGAGAUGUUGUCCAAGACGUCUCUGUCGUCUUCGCCAAACUAGCUGAUAAAUGUAAGACCCAUGUUUAUGGAGAUCAGGAUCAGGACACUCUGCUCAACCCGGUCUACUGCAACUCUCUGAAAGAAAUGGUGUCUCAUAAAAGAGUGUUUCCCACCAAGACUAGCGGCUGGGUCACAUUAGCUCGUAAGCCCAUGAUCGCAGACAGCGCAAACCUGGAGAAGAUCUUCAAAUCGCAUAGUUCGGUUUGUCUGCUCAACCUGCCGUCUGCAGCCAAGAGAGCAGCCAACAAAUCCAGGCAUGAAGGCAAGCAGGAGAAGGAGGCGUUCAGCGAGCGCGACCGUGAGUUAUUCCUGGAGAUCUGCGGGGUGGAGCGGCUCUCCCAGCGCGUGACCACCGAAGCGCAGACCGAGAGCUACAGGCCUUGCCCCGCGGUGCAGACCCUGGUGCGGCAGCUCGUCCCCUACAUCCAGAGGUUCAUCUUCCACAACACUGAUUUCGAUGACGUGUACAGUGAGCUGAAGGAGAGUGGGAUUGCUAAAUACAUUCGCUCGCUGAGUUUUGGACAGGUUGGGAAGCUGUAUAUUCACUAUCGGCUUGAGGUGCCAGAUGAGAACCCGAUCUUUGAGAGCGAGGAUAUUAUAUGUCUCCUAAAAGACAAAAAAGAGCUGUACAUCAAUAAAGAUCACCUCUCGGCCAAACUGGACAUCUGCAGAGAGCUGGUGAAACUGUUCACCACAGACAAGAGCUUUGCUAAAGAGCUAGAGCGCUUCCUCCAGGGCCUUGUGACAUGCGUAAAUAACCAAGCUGAUUUAAAGAGGUUUCUGGACAGAGAAAAUGCUCGAGAACUCCCUGCAAAUGAGGAACCAUGGGAGGUGCCGGCGCCGGUGGAAGUAAAAGCAGAAACCAUCAUGCUGUCUCUGGUCCGGCCGUCAGGAGACGUGCAGGAGGAGGAAAUGCAGACACAACACAAUAAAGAGGACCGGCUGGUUUGCUGGCCACCGAAAGCCUCUCUCAGUAAAACAGGUGGCAGCAGUUCAGGCAGUCAGGCUGUUGAAGAGGUGAUGAAGAUGUGGCCUCCUCCUGCUGCUCCUGCUGCUCUGGGUCUCGAGAGGAGCUCGUCCAACAUCAGUGUCCAUCAGCGAACCGAGUCUCCACUGCACACAGAACCAAGAGCUCAACAUGAACUGGGUCCCAGACCAAGCAGCGUCCCGCCACGAGCCACAGAGUGGAGGGAAGAUGUCCAGUCUGUGGUCAGUCCUCGGCAGCCUGUGAAACCAAACGCCGCUACAGAUGAAGGAGAAGAAACUACAGUGGACAAAACCAACCCGCCAGAUGAUGAACACUCAACACCGCAAAGCCAAAAUCCAGCCCAGGCCCCAGAGGUGGUGUUGAGCCAGUUCCAGGGAGCUGAAGGCCUGCAGCGUCCGCCCAUGACUCUGGACAGCGCCAUCUGGAGCAAAGCCGUGGCUCUGGAGGACGUGCUGGAGGAUCUGCCGCUGGAUUGCACCAUGCCUCAAACCCUGGUGCUGCCUAAAGACAAAGAAGACACAGCCAGCAUCGGACAGUGGGGAGAGCAGCUGGUUCACUCCUUCCUCACGCACUGGAGAGAGAACGGCGGCCCCAGUCAAAUCACCUGGUUCAACGAGAAAGGAGAGAGCGGCCGUGCAUGCGACUUCAAGCUGACCUUCGCAAAUAACGGGAGCACGCAAGAAGUCUUCGUGGAGGUGAAGACGACGGUCAGGCGAGAUCGACACUUCAUCCACAUGUCUGCGAACGAGCUGGAUUUGGCACUGAAGGAGAAGGAGCGAUAUCACAUAUAUCGAGUGUACGGCGCUGGAGAUGUGCAGCACGUUCGUCUCUGUCGCAUUAAGAAUCUCGCGCAGCAUCUGCACUCCAAGUCUCUGGAAUUGUUUUUAUUCGUGUAGCCAUCUUUAGUCUUACUGAAAAUCUUGAGUUGUUUUAGAAUAACAUUUCUGACCUAUGCUAAAUGUACAAUUCUGCCUGUUUGCACUCUAUUCUGUUCAUCAAUUAUUUUAUUUUUUUAACUACUGACACUGUUUGUACUGAUAUGUGCGAUUGCACAAUUUUAGUGGCCAGUUAAAUGUUUUAAAGAAUCAACAUUUUCUCUAUUCGCAUGUUUGGUCAUGUAUUCAAAGCACAGGUUUUGCGUCGAUUCUUUCAUAAACUCUACUGUAAAAGUAUAACUUCACUCUUUGGAUUGCCAUAAUCAGUUCAGUAAAUAAAAG